ACAUCAUGCUUAAGUCAUAUAUUUGCGCCUUCUAACACCUAGCAACCAAGCAAGCCGUAGCUAGACGGGAGGCGCAAAAGAAACCGAAAGUCCUUAAAGAUGCCGCCUUCUUUGGAUUGGGGAAGACUCAUGAAAGUGGACCCAGAUGCUCUUCCCAAUCAAGAAAGAACAGCCAAUGAAAUGCAAACUACGAUAUCAAUGGUCAAAAGCACAGAUAUAAAAGAUGAACCAAAUGAAAACUUGAUACAGCUGUUUCGAAUUUCACAAUGCUUGAUGAAGUUAAAGGCUCAAGAGGUACAAUUAUUGUUAGAAGAAGCAGAGAAGGCAAAUGAAGAACAACUGAAAACUGAAAACCAAUUAAGAAACAGAGUAAAGCGUCUGGAGAAUGAAAUCGAGGUGGCACAGCUAUCCUCUGGUAGCAGAGAUUCACGUUUUUUGCGUGAAGAAAUUAGACAGCUGGAGGAGCAGUUGCGUCAGAGUGAGAGAGAAUGCAAAGAUAUGGCAAAUGAGUUGGAAAGGGAGAAACAAGUUAAUGAACAACUUGCCCUCCGAAAUGAAGAAACUGAUAAUGAAAACAGCAAGUUAAGAAGAGAGAAUGAACAACUGCGGCAAGAUGUCAUCGAUUAUCAGCGGCAGAUUGACUCUCAGAGGGAAACCCUUAUGUCACGUUCCCGGGGACAGGAUUACAAAUCUUUGCUUUCUCAAAAGAACAUGGAGCUGGUCAAGUAUCUUGAUGAAAUUCAGAGCUUAAGUGAAACUAAUGAAAAGCUAGAAGCUCAAAACCAGGAAUUGACCAAGCAUCUUGAGUACUCUGUGCAGGAAAUGGAAAAGAUGACAGAUGAGUACAACAAAAUGAAACUAAUGGUACAAAAUAGUGACAGUACUAUGGAUCGUCUGAGAAAAGAGAAAGAGCAGCAUAGGCUUCAGGUCCAGGAACUAGCAGAGCAACUUAAAGCAAAGAAUGAAGAAGAUGAUCCAGUGAUGAGAGCUGUAAAUGCAAAAGUGGACGAAUGGAAGAUAAUAUUAGCUUCCAAAGAUGAAGAAAUUAGUGACUAUCAAAAAAAGAUUGUUGAUCUUAGAGAAAAACUAAAAAUCGCUCAGCUUGAUGCAGAUAAAAGCAGUGUUCUUGCUCUCCAGCAGGCCCUGCAGGAAAGGAAUAAUCACAUCAAAAUGUUGACUGAGAAAUUGGAACAACACACACAGGAGAUGGAAUCAAACACAUUUCACAUUGAAAAAUUAAAGCUGCAGUUGCAAACUGAAAAAGGUGUCUCUGGCCAUAUAGAAAUCAAGCAAGCUGAAGAACUUGUGGGAAUGCUUAAUAUUCUUGAGGAGAGGGUAAAAGAAUCAGAGCGUAUAGCAAAAUUAGCAGAAAGUGAUGCUCGUGAAAAGGAUAAAGAACUUGUCGAGGCCCUUAGACGUAUGAGGGAAUACGAAGCGGGUGUAUAUGGUCUAGUGGAAGCUGUUUCUGAAAUUAAGGAGCUGAAAACUCAAAUAAAAAUAAGAGACCAAGAAAUUGAAUCACUAAUAAAGGAUCUCAACAAACAUCACUUGAAGCUUAAUGAUAUCCUUGAUGAAAAUGAAGAACUCAAGCAGCGUUUAGGUCUUGAUCCAAAAACUGCAAUUGAUUUAACAGAAUUUAAAAAUAUUAAAGCUCUAAAAGAGCAACAGUACAGAGCAGAAAAUCAGGUUCUUUUGAAAGAGGUUGAAUGUCUUGAAGAAGAGCGGAUCAGACUUAAAAAACAAAUACGAAAAUUGGCACAGGAGAAAGGGAAAAGAGCUGCAUGUUUAGGUUUGACUGCAGAUGACCUAAACUUAAGUGUUGAUUCUCCAGAAGAUCAUAAGUCUAAGAAGAAGAAGCCAUCAAACAGCAUAGUUUUAGAUCAUGCAGAAGGAAUGAAUGAGCAUCUAUCAAAACAGCUGAGUGAAAAAGAACAAGAGUUAGAGAGAUACAAAACCAUUACAGCAGAGUUAAAGUCCAAAUUAAAAGAGAUUUCUGAAGACAAAAAACAUUUGGAGCAAAUACCUAAGGACAUAUUCCAGGCUCUUAAAGAUGUUGAGAAAGAUCAUACAAGAAAUGGAGAAGCAACAAUUAUAUCAGUACCUAGCUUGGAACGAUUGAUUCACGCCAUUGAAUCCAGGAAUACAGAGGGAAUAUUUGAUGUCAGUAUACACCUGAAAGCCCAAGUUGAUCAGCUCACAGGAAGAAAUGAGGAAUUAAGACAAGAAUUAAAGGAAUCAAGAAAAGAAGCCAUAAACAUAUCAUGUGCCUUAGAAAAAGCAAAUGAGAAGAUUUUACACCUUGAAAAUGAGCUUGAAAUGUUGCGUCAGUUAGAGGGAGCCAACAUGAUUUUCAAACCCAUUAACCUACCAGACGGAAUGUCUCCUACUAGCACAAAUCUUCUCAACUCACUUAAUGAAUAUAUCCUACAUCUUUUACAGGAAGUAGAAUCUAAAGAACAGUCUGUCAUAAAAUUUGAAGAAGCAUUAGAAGAAUAUAAAAGAAAAUUUGCAGUGAUUCGUCAUCAGCAUGGCUUGCUUUACAAGGAAUAUAUGAGUGAGCAAGAAUCUUGGCAAGAGGAAUUAAAGAAAUUAAAAGAAGAAAAUGCUAAACUGGAGAACCAAAAAGAAACUGAUAUGGUGCAAAUCAAAGAGUAUACGAAUUUGCUAGAUGCUCUUAAAAUGGAUCCUGAUGAAAUGAAAAAACAAGUUGCUGAGAACCUGAGGAAAAUGACUGUCCUCCGGGUAAAUGAGAAGUUGCUCACAAGGAGAUACACUACUUUGCUUGAAAUGGAGCAACAUCUGAGAAAAGAUAAUGGAAAACUGAAAAAUGAUAUUUCAGACAUGGAAGCUGCAGUGGCAGAGCGACUUGGGUAUCUGCAGAGAUACAAGGAAAUAGCUGCUUUCAAAAUAGCAUCUCUACAAAGGGCUUUGGAUGACAGUGUUCCAAUAUCAGAGCUGGAAACAGCCAAUAAACAAUAUAAUGAGCUGACUUCCAAGUACCGAGACAUGCUACAAAAGGAUAAUUUGCUAGUUCAGAGGACUGCUGACAUGGAGCACCUAGAGCAUGAAAAUGCAUCUUUGAAAUCCCAGAUUGCAUUCUAUAAUAAAGAACUAGAAAUAACAAAAGAAAAAUGCAACACAUUGGAGCAAGCCUUGGAACAUAUUAACAAUUUGGAUGGUAAUCCUGCAAUGGAUAAAGCAACCAAAGCCAUUACCAAUAACGAAAUCGUUUCAAUAUCUAAGAAAAUAACCAUGCUGGAAAUGAAGGAGUUAAAUGAAAGGCAAAGGGCUGAGCAUUCGCAGAAGAUGUAUGAACAUCUGAGAACCACUUUAACUCAAUUAGAGGAGCGGAAUUUUGAACUUGAGACCAAAUUUGCAGAGCUUACUAAAAUCAACUUGGAAGCACAAAAAGUUGAACAGGCUUUAAGAGAUGAUCUGGCCAAUAGCGUAAGUAAAGCAGUGUCUGACGCAGAUAGGAAAAGAAUCAUGGAACUGGAGAAGACUGAAGCAGAAUUAAAGGCUGAGAUGUCCAAGUUACGUAAUGUUUCAGAUAUAGCCAAAAUGCAAGUUUCAGCAUUAGCAAGUCGUCAGCAAUCAAGAGAGAAGGAAGUGGAGUCCAUGCGAAAGCAAAUUUUGGAUUAUCAAGAUCAGUCUGAUGAAAAAGCACUAAUUGCCAAAUUACACCAACAAAUUGUAGCUCUUCAGAUCAGUGAGUCUACAGCAGUGGGCAAGCUGGAAGCUGCUACAGCUAAACUACGCAAAAUGGAGGCAUACAAUUUACGUUUAGAACAGAAGAUUGAUGAUAAAGAUCAAGCAUUAUAUUAUGCCCGUAUGGAAGGUAGAAACCGAGCCAAACACCUCCGUCAAACUGUUCACUCUUUGAGGCGACAGUUCAGUGGUGCCCUUCCAUUGGCACAGCAGGAAAAAUUUUCUAAAACAAUGAUGCAGCUGCAAAAUGACAAGUUGAAAACCAUUCAUGAAAUGGAGCGUGUUCAGCAAGAGCGCAGAGAGGCAGAGAACCAUUCAGUGGAACUAGAACUAAAGCUGAAAGGUUUAGAAGAACUAAUCAGCACCCUGAAAGAUGCCAGGGGAGCUCAAAAGGUUACUGAAUGGCACAGAAGGAUAGAAGAAUUGCGCUUGCAGGAUUUAAAACUGAGUCGUGAACUAAGUCAGAAGAAGGAAGAAAUCAAAUAUUUGAAUAAUAUGAUCUCAGAGCAAGAACGCACAAUCAGUAUACUAGAAGAAGACCUUGUUCAGCAGGGGAAGUUUCAUGAAGAAAGGCAAAUGUCUUGGGAUCAGAGAGAAGUUGAGCUAGAACGACAGCUUGACAUGUAUGAGCACCAGCAAAAUGAAGUGCUAAGUGCAGCUCAAAAGUUUGAAGAGGCAACUGGAGAAGUUCCUGACUCUAAUUUACCUUUACCUGAACAACUUGAAAUUGCACUAAGAAAAAUAAAAGAGCAUGUAAAGGCUGUUGUGGAAACAAAAUCUGUAUGUAGAACAUUAGAAGAGAAACUAAAGGAGAAAGAUUCAUUGUUGAGGACAGCUGAAAAUAAUAUUUUGAGCCGAGACAGAGUGAUCAAUGAAUUACGGCUUCAGCUGCCUGCGACAGCAGCAAAAGAAACACUUCUGUCUAACCUAAAUCAAAUAAAGGAAGAUUCAGAACAGCAUCAAGCUUUGAAAGUUGCUCAUCAAACUGUUGCCAACAUGCAAGCAAGACUGAAUCAAAAGGAAGAAAUGCUAAAGAAAUAUCAACAUCUUCUGGCUAAAGCAAGAGAGGAGCAAGAAGAAGUUACAAAGAAGCAUGCAGAAGACCUUAAAGAAUUGCAUCAUAAACUGAAUUUCUAUUCAGAUACUUCCAUUAACAAUUUUAAAGAAGCUGCUAAAGAGUUCAUGAAAAAACCUUCACUCCAAAUUCCAUCAAGUGCAAAUUUAAUUCGUUUGGCUGAAAUGGAACAGACAGUUGCUGAACAAGAAAACUCACUGGCUUCCCUGUCCAACCAGCUGAGGAAAGCAACAUCGGAGCUGGAGAAGCAGAAACAGAUCACGAUAGCAAAAGUCAAUGAAUUUGAAAACAGCAAAACCAGGCUUGAAGAGAAGCACAUUGUGGAGAUUAAAAAACUGAAGAACGAUGCUGAAGAUUUAAGAGCUCGUAUUGCUGAAACAGAGAAAGAAAUUAAUUAUCUUAACACUGAACUGGAGGCUCAAAAAGAGGCGAAUACCCGAGCUCCAACAUCAACUAUGAAGAAUCUUGUGGAACGUCUGAAAAACCAAGUAGCACUUAAGGAAAAACAGCAACAGGCUUUAAGUAAAGCUCUUCUGACCCUUAGGGCAGAGAUGACCUCCCAAGCAGAACAACAUAUUAUUGCUGCUGCAGCACAAAAGGAAGAGAAUAUAAAUGUUCAACAAAUUGUAGACAAAGAAACGAAAGAUUUAAAGGCACGAAUUGAAAAAUUAAAUGAGCAGCAACUAAAGCUUAAGGAGGCCCUGAAAAAUAGCAAAUCCAGAGAGAAUGCCCUCAUUGAGGAAGCUGAAAACCUGAACCAAGAUUUGCGUGGAAAAGAGAAAGCUCUUAGCAAGCUGCAGAAGGACAAAGAUGAAAUGGAACGUGAUAAUGAAGAACUUAAAAAACGGAUAAAAGAUCUAACAAUUAAUUUUCAGGGUAAAGUUGAUUUACACAAUAAACACAAUACAUCAGAAGAUCUCCAGAGAAGAAUUAAAAAGCUUGAAGCAGAAUUAGCUAAGAAAAGUGAAGAAGCUGAAAGGAAACCUGUUCGGGAUGACAAAAGCUCUAAAGAGGAAAUUAUAAGAUGGGAAGAAAGUAAAAAGUGGCAAAUAAAAAUAGAAGGGAUGCGAAGCAAACUUAAGGACAAGGAAAAGGAAGUAGAUUCUCUCACAAAACAACUGACAACCUUAAAGGACCUUUACUCAAAAGGUGAACAAGAAAAGUUGAUGUUACAAAAGAAGCUAAAAUCUCGUGGUGUAACUGUGGAUCAGGUAGUUGGGGCACGAACUGCAGAAUCAGAGAGAGAAGUGGAGGAACUUAGGAAGAAGAACCAAGAAUUAGAAAAUGAAAUUCAACACAUGAAGACAAAACAAGCAUUGCCACGUGAUUCUGUGAUUGAUGACUUGCACUUAAAAAAUCGCUUCUUGCAAGAAAAGUUACAAGCCCUGGAAAGACAGCUUUCACAGGAAAACACAUCAAGGCCUUCUACUUCAGGGUUAGGAUCAGAUGACCAAACAAGAGAGUUGGAAAAGGAAAAUUUAAAAUUAACCUCUGAAAAUGUUGAACUUCAGUUCCACUUGGAACAGGCCAACAAAGACUUGCCUCGUUUAAAGGACCAAAUAGAAAAUUUGAAAGAAAUGUGUGAUCUACUGAAAAAAGAAAAAAUAGAGGCUGAACGAAAAGUUGCUAGUGUCAGAGGGUCUGGAAGAAGUGGAAAGACUGUCCCAGAGCUAGAAAAGACUAUUGCUUUAAUGAAAAGAGUGGUAGAAAGAGUGCAAAAAGAAAACGAGGAACUUAAAAAAGCUCCAGGAAUUGUCUCCAAUGAAAAACUGACAAACCUUGAAAUGGAAAAUGAAAAAUUAAAGUUGGAAAUAGAAAAGCUACAGCUGCAUGUGGGUGGACAGUUAAGUAUGAGAUAUGAAGCCAAAACAAAAGGCAUAGAAAAACUAAUUGCUGAAAAUGAUAGGCUCCGAAAAGAACUGAAAACAGAAACUGAGACGUCAGAAAAAUUAAGAAUAGCAAAAAGAAAUUUAGAGGUGAUCAAAGAGAAACUGGCAAGGGACCUAGAGGAGGCCAGAAUGAACAUUUCAGAAAGAAGUGGGCCACAACUGGAAGGAACCCAAGGAAAAGCCUGGAAAUCCACUGUUGUAAGCAAGAUGUUUGAAAACAAGAUUAAGGAAUUAGAAUCAGAACUUAAAAAGAAAAAUGACGGCAUUGUUGAUUUAAAAAAGCUACUGAAAGAAGCCACUGAGCGUGAACUGAAAACUGAGAAAAUAGUGGGAAACCUAAAAAAUGAAAAUGAAUUACUGAAGAAUUUUCCAGAAGAAGCAAAAACAGAAGAAGGCCUUGCCAGAGAUUUUCAAAUAUUACGAUUAGCCAAUAAUCGUCUGCAAAAUGAAAAGGCUGAGCUGGAACAUCAGUUAGAAAUAUAUAGAAAGAAGAGUGGUGUUUCUGGACAUGGAGACUACAACUCUCUAAUGGACAGCAAACAUGACAAACUCAUGGAGGAAAUCAUUCUUUUGCAAACACAUAUCAAAACAUCUGAUUUAGAGAAACAACAAUUAAGAGAGGAGAUAAAAAACUUGAAAAAAGAGCUACAGAACUUUGACCCUACAUUUUUUGAAGAGAUAGAAGACUUAAAGUAUAACUAUAAUGAAGAAGUUAAGAAGAAUAUUAUUCUAGAAGAGAAGUUAAAAGCACUUUCUGAGCAGUUUGGGGUUCAUAUUGAUUUUCCAGGAGUUAAUGAAUAGGAUAAACCAAUUUUACUUGGUUGUGUUACACAAGACAGUGCUAUUUAUAUACAGUGUGCUAUUUAAAGCAGACUACUGGGACUACCCAUUACUGCAUAACUUGUUUUUGCUUGUAAGUAUAUAUCAUUUUCCCCUACUAAUGAGGGUACCUACAAAGUAUAUUGUAUUCCAAAAUGACAUUUCUAGGUCCGUAUAUUUUCAGACGUUUAAGCACAUUGAAUAAACUAUUAGUAGAUAAUUCUGAAAAAAAUAGCAAUUACUUUUUAUAGAAGCAUUUGGAAAAAAAGCUUUGCACUUGAAGAGGAUCUAAAGUAAAAAAAAAAUUGAGCGCUCAGAAAAGAAAUCGGAGAAUUUUUCUUUUAUUUACUUUAGACCCUCUAAUUUUUUUAAACUGAAAUCAAACACAUUGCCUUCCAAAUUUCAGUUAACUAGUUAUUUAUGUAAAUAUGUGUAGAUGUAUAGAAAAAGGUUUAUUUAAGGUCAAAUGUUCUGUAUUUAGUCUUUUGUGGAUGUAUUUUUUUUUAUAGUUUUUGACUUAAAUAAACAGUUAUUGAGACUGAAA